CUUCUGCGGAGCCCAGCCGGAGCUCUCCGCAAAGUUAAACCUUCGCAAAAAUAAAUAAAUAAAUACAUCAAUAAAAAAUUAAAAUCAAGUCAAAGAGACCCGUUGCAAAACGCAGCCACGAACUGCGGAGCGCGCGUCGGCGGCUGUUGGUGUCUCCUCCUCCUCCUCUUCCUCCUCCUCCGGCUGGGAGCUUCAGACAUCUUAGGAGAGGCGGAGGAGGGAGAGAUUUCCGGGCCCCCGAAGCGGACGGAGCUUUCCAGCCGAGCCAAAGCCGAGCCAAGCGCCGGGUCGUCUCUCUCGGAUUUUUACGCACCGCGCCGAGCCCAUGGGAAGCUGCUCCGGGGGACCCCGAGGGAGGAAGGCCGCGGCGUGGCAGGGCUGGCACCGUCCCCUUGGAUCUGCUUUGGGCUUUUUUUGAUUCUUAAGUGUACCUUUGAUAUUUUAAUUUUUAAUUUUUGGCCACCUCCUCUCCCCCUUAAAAAAGCACCCCUCUUCCCCCCAAAAAACCUCGCUCCACUGGGAGCCUCCCUCGGAUUUGGAGACGUCUUGGAUGCGCGGCCUAAAGGAAUUAUUUUUUAUUAUUUCUUAUUUUGGGGGGUUGUUGAAGGAAUAAUAAAAAAAGGGGCCAACGGCCUUGUACGGAGCGGCUCGGGCAGGAAGGCCCAAGGGGACAUGGCUGAGGCGAGCAUUGUACGCCCGGACUCCGGGAUUCCUUAGUGCGUCGCAUUGCUGAGUCUCAGGAGGGACCCCCAAAGAAGACUGCUUCCCCUUCCCCCCUUUGACAAUGGCUGGAUCUACGCAACCGGCAACCCAGACCUGGCGGGGGGCAGAGACCCACUACCCCUCCCACGCCAUGUCCUACCCCGUGGCAUUAAAUCAGGCCCAUGUGGAUGUGAGUCUCUUGGAAUAUCAGCACCAUCCCAGAGAGUACCCUUCCCACCUGCCCCCAGGGUCGCUCUUACACCCCCAACGGCGCAGACCCUCCCUCUUGUCCGAAUUUCAGCCGGGAAAUGAAAGAUCCCAGGAGACGCACGUUCGGACUGAGUCCCACUCGUAUCUCUCUGAUCUGAGCAAGCCGUCGGAAAUCGAGUUCAUUGAGACCAAGCGGCCUCGGAUGGAGCUCUUACAGGAGCCACUGCUGAGACCUCCGACUCUGCUCAGCCAUGGAGCAACGGAGGGUUUCUCCAGGGACCGAGGCAUUGCUGGGAAACUGGAGCCCGUUUCUCCCAUCCCUUCUGCCCAUCCUGACUCGGAACUGGAUCUCCUCCCAUCCCGGCUCUCGAAGGAGGAGCUGAUCCAAAACAUGGAUCGUGUGGACCGAGAGAUAACCAUGGUGGAACAGCAGAUCUCCAAGUUGAGGAAAAAGCAGCAACAGCUAGAGGAGGAAGCGGCCAAACCUCUGGAGCCCGAGAAAUCCAUCUCUCCUCCACCGCUGGAGUCGAAGCACCGCAGCCUGGUCCAGAUCAUCUACGACGAGAAUCGGAAAAAGGCAGAAGCCGCACACAGGAUCCUGGAGGGACUGGGACCCCAGGUGGAGUUGCCUCUGUACAACCAGCCUUCGGACACGAGGCAAUACCAUGAAAACAUUAAAAUGUAAAAACCAGCAAUGCGGAAGAAGCUGAUAUUAUACUUCAAGAGGAGGAAUCAUGCUCGUAAACAGUGGGAGCAGAAGUUCUGCCAACGGUAUGACCAGCUAAUGGAAGCUUGGGAGAAGAAGGUGGAACGCAUUGAAAACAACCCACGCCGUAGAGCCAAAGAGAGCAGAGUCCGCGAAUAUUAUGAGAAACAGUUCCCCGAGAUCAGAAAGCAGAGAGAACUUCAGGAACGAAUGCAAAGGUCAGCUGGGGGACAACGAGGCAGUGGAUUCUCCAUGUCGGCAGCGCGCAGCGAACAUGAGGUUUCGGAGAUCAUCGACGGGCUCUCGGAAAGAGAAAAUCUGGAGAAACAGAUGCGCCAGCUUGCUGUCAUCCCGCCGAUGCUGUAUGAUGCGGAGCAGCAGCGCAUCAAGUUCAUCAACAUGAACGGGCUGAUGGACGAUCCCAUGAAGGUCUACAAGGACCGGCAGGUGAUGAAUAUGUGGAGUGAGCAGGAGAAGGAGACCUUCCGAGAGAAGUUCAUGCAACACCCAAAGAAUUUCGGUCUUAUCGCCUCCUUCCUGGAUAGGAAAACAGUAGCGGAUUGCGCUUACUACUAUUUGACCAAGAAGAAUGAGAACUACAAGAACUUGGUGAGAAGGAAUUACCGCAGGCGAGGAAAGAACCAGCAGCAACAGCAGCAGCAACAGCAGCAGCAACAGAUGCCCCGGAAUAACCAAGAAGAAAAAGAGGAAAAAGAGAAAGAUGCUGAGAAGGAAGAGGAGAAGCCAGAAUCCGAAAACGACAAAGAAGAACUGACAAAGGAGAAGAACGAGGACACGUCCGGCGAGGACAAUGACGAGAAGGAAGCUGUCACCUCCAAAGGGCGCAAGACGGCCAAUAGCCAGGGCUGGCGGAAAGGGCGCAUCACUCGGUCCAUGGCCAACGAGGCCAACCACGAGGAGGUGGCCAUGCCCCAGCAGAAUUCCGAGCUAGCUUCUUUGGAGAUGAACGAAAGUUCUCGCUGGACGGAGGAGGAGAUGGAAACAGCCAAGAAAGGUCUCCUUGAACAUGGACGCAACUGGUCCGCCAUUGCCCGCAUGGUGGGGUCGAAGAGCGUCUCGCAGUGUAAAAACUUCUACUUCAACUACAAGAAGAGGCAGAACCUGGAUGAGAUCCUCCAGCAGCACAAAUUGAAAAUGGAGAAAGAAAGGAACUCCCGGAGAAAGAAGAAAAAAGGUCCCGUAAUCCAAAACGAGGAAAGAGCUUUCGCCCCAGUCGCCGAGGACGAAGAGAUGGGCCAGGAUGGGUCGGGCACCAGCGGCAACGAGGAGGAGAUGGCCGAGGAGGUCGAGGCAGAAGUUGCCGUUAAUAACAGCUCCGACACAGACAGCUUGCCUUCCCCGAGACUCGAUGCGAAAAAGCCUCCAGAAAACGAGUCCAAACCGAAUCCCGAGGCCAAAGAAGAAACCACCGUCAACAUGGAGAAAGCCGCAAUGUCCCCGGAAGCCAACGCCGUAGACUCUGCCGGUCAGACGCCAGAUGAGACUGAGCCUGGCCCAGCUGGUACCGAAAAGCCGCUGGAGGAAAUGAAAGCCGAUACGAUAAAAACAGAAGAAGGGGAAGGGAACCCGAAGGAGCCAGAAGCAGACAUGGCGGAGAUAAAAAUGGAGGAAGGGGCAGAUGUCCCGGAAGACAAUAAGUCCAAUGACCAGAAAAGGGAGACCAGUAACGGGGUGGGGGCAGAAACUGCAGAGACCCCCAAAUUGGAGAAGAAGGAGGGCCCCACGGCCAGCAAAACCGGAAGUGCUGCCUCAGAUAGCGAUUCUAGUGCCACAUGCAGCGCAGACGAGAUGGACGAGCAGGACCCGGCGGACAAAACCAAGUUGCCAGCUGCCCGCUUAAGUCUCCUUGGUGCCCCCAACGAUGCUCGGCUCCCCUCCUCACCUCAGAAGCCUCUGGACCUGAAGCAGCUGAAGCAGAGGGCAGCUGCCAUCCCUCCCAUUAUUUCCGAAGGCCCACUGGAGGGAGCGUUGCAGAGCGGGGCCACCAAAGCCCCAGUGACUCCCCACACCUUGGCCCUCUACCAGCAACAGAUCACCCGGGCCCAGGAGGAGGAAGAGGAGGAGGAAGAGGAGGAGGAGGCUGCACCCAGCAAGCUGCCCCCACCGGAGAAGGAGCCCCCCCUUUGCUCCAGCAACAGCAACAGCCCUCGGGCAGCUCCGCAUCGGAGCCCGGCCGAGACAGACAAAGAGGAAAAACCAGUGCUUUUCACCCCUCUUCCCGAUGGACAGAAGCCAGCUGGAGAAGCCGCUGCCACAACCUGCUGGCCACCAGUCCUCCCCUACCAAGGGUCCUCCAGGGAUGUCAUCCGCACUUCCCCGCACACCGAGUCUCAUGCAUUUCAGUAUAGCCCUUCGGCUCAUCCCAUCUCCUUAAAUGCUCACGAAAGUUCUCGGACUGGCCCGCCAAGGUUGCCCGCCAUCUCCAAUCCUCCUCCUCUGAUCUCCAACAAGCACCCCUCGGUUCUUGAAAGAACGCCUGGCUGCAUCUCCCAGGGGAUCCCUCUACAGCUCCAUGGUCCAUUCAGUUUGGAGCACACCAAAGUCUCCAUCGGUUCCAUCACUGUGCCUUUGACGAUGGACCCCAAGAAGUUGGUGCCGUUUCCUGGAGUGAAACAAGAGCAGCUUUCUCCUCGAAGUCAAGCGUGUCAGCCUGAAAGCUUGGUGGUGCAGCCCUCCCAGGAGAGCUCAGUUCUUCGCGGUACCUCUUUGUCAGGAGGAAGCAUCAUUAAAGGGAUUCCCAGCACAAGACCACCCUCGGAAUCUACCAUCACAUAUCGGGGUUCCAUCACACAUGGCACCCCAGCUGAAGUGCUGUACAAAGGAACCAUUACCAAGGUAAUUGGAGAAGACAGCCCCAGCCGAGCGGAGAAGGCAAGAGACGAGGCACUGCCCAAGGGACACGUCAUUUACGAGGGGAAGAAAGGACACAUCCUGACGUACGAUGGUGGGGUUGCUAACCAGGUCCCUAAAGAGAACAGCAGGAGCACCGCAGCGAUGCAGGAGAUGACCGGCACUAAGAGAACGUACGACAUGAUGGAAGGGAGGACGGCCAGGCUGCUAUCUGGACGUGAACUUUCCUCUGCUAAUAUAGAAGGUUUAAUGGGCCGAGCCAUCCCUCCCGAGAGGCACAGUCCGCUCAACCUAAAGGAACCACAUCACAUCCGAGGCUCCAUCACGCAAGGAAUUCCUAGGUCCUAUGUGGAAUCGCCAGAGGACUACCCCCGAAGAGAAGCCAAGCAACUCAAGAGGGAGAACACACCACCAAGGGAUUUAACAGAAGCUUACAAAGUCAGGAGCCACGAGUCCCUUACUCCGAUGAAAGUGAAAGCAGUCCACGAAGGGCUGGUCACCACAGUGAAGGAAGCCGGGCGGUCGAUUCAUGAAAUUCCGAAGGAGGAUCUUCGACGCACACCCGAUCUCUCUCUGAUGGCCCGGCCCAUUAAGGAAGGAUCGAUUACCCAGGGUACUCCACUGAAAUACGACACAAACACAUCCACAAAUACCAAAAAGCACGAUGUCCGGUCUAUUAUUGGCAGCCCGGGCAGGAAUUUUCAUCCCAUGCUCCCUAUGGAGGCCAUGCAGGACUCAAGGACGCUGGAAAGAGCUUACGAGGACAGUUUGAAAACCAGGCCCAGCUCAGUGACGAACUCGGGGGGUUCCAUCACGAGGGGAGCCCCCAUGAUUAUGCCUGAGUCAGGGAAGCCUCGCCAUAGCCCCCUGGCAUAUGAGGACCACCAGACGGCCCAUGGGGCAGCUUAUGGAGGUCACCUGCAUCGAGGGUCCCCCGUCUCCACAAGAGAGGCAGCGCCCAGACAACUGGAAGGGAGCAUCACUGCUGGAAAACCCGUGUCACAAGACCGAAAGGUCACUACCACCUCCAGGGACAUCACCAGCUCCAAAUCUCCUCACACCCCACUCCCAGAACACCAUCACCCAAUGACUCCCUAUGAGCAUCUGCUCCGUGGGACAAGUGGCAUGGAUCUAUACAGAGGCCACAUUCCUCUGACCUUUGACCCCGCUGCCAUUCCCCGAGGAAUUCCCUUGGAAGCAGCUGCCUAUUACUUGCCAAGGCACCUUGCUCCUGGCCCUACGUACCCCCACCUCUACCCACCCUACCUCAUCCGUGGUUACCCGGACACCGCCGCCAUGGAGAACAGACAGACCAUCAUCAACGACUAUAUCACCUCACAGCAGAUGCACCACAACGCCGCUACGGCUACCACCAUGGCUCAGAGAGUCGAUCUGCUUCGUGGCUUGUCUCCACGAGAACCUUCCCUGGCUCUCAACUACGCAGCAGCAGGGAUAAUUGACCUGUCUCAAGUUCCACACCUCCCUGUGCUCGUGCCCCCCACCCCAGGGACCUCCGCAGCCUCCAUGGACCGCCUCACCUACAUGCAUGGCGCUGCCCAGCCUUUCAGCAGCCGACACAGUAGCUCGCCGCUUUCACCAGGUACCCCAGCACAUUUAGCUAAGACGGGACCCCCAGUUUCCGAACGGGACCAAGAACGGGACCGUGAAAAAGAACGCAAGAAAUCGGUUGUGACCAGCACAGCCACGGUGGAACAUGCGCCCAUUUGGAGGCCGGGCACCGAACACAGCAGCGGCCGUACCCCCGCACACGCUCACAAGCACUCCCCGGUUUCCCCUCGCGCCCAGGAAAAUGUUCAGCAACGUCCCAGUGUGCUGCAUAACACCAACAUGAAGAUAAUCUCUCCAGAAGGUCUCACUCCCUCCGUUUUGCGAUCCUCUGCCUCCUCCUCCUCCUCCUCUUCAUCCAUCGCCACCACGUCUCCAGCCUGCUCCUCUGGCUUCUGUCCAGCAUCGGCAUUGCGCAGCUCCAUAAGUGGCAUGGACAACUACGCCUCAGCGAUGGAGUCGGCUCAUAUGCAGAAGGAGGUCUCCUCCUCCAGGACCCAGGACAUCAAAAGUGAACGGUCUCAGCCUGAGACCAACCACCUGUUCACCUCAAAGUUGUCCGCGGGGCCAGGAGGUCUAGAACAGACAACUUCACCGUAAAAGCUACCGAGCCCAAGACUUUGUCCUCUUCUGGGCGGGGCAAGCCACCCGUUUAGCAGAGGACAGGGGAAAAUCCAGCCUUCACAUCACAGCCCCCUGGACUCAUCACUGCACGCCGCUUCGGCCCCCGAGCAGCCGAGUAGAGAAAAGAGUAAACCCUUUUCAGUGCAGGAACAGGAGCUGCGAGUACUCGGUAAGACUACCAUGACAGCGGCCAACUUCAUUGAUGUCAUAAUCACGCGCCAAAUUUCUUGCAAUAAGGGGAGGCCCGAAAGAAGUUCAUUAAAUAACAGCACCAAUGGCGAUGGUAUCCGUGGGAACUACAGUCCUGAUGGCGUUGAAACCAUAAGCCCCGUGAACUCCCCCUCUGUCCUCCACGAGAAAGGGAUGAAGCUGACUCAGAUAAGGAGAAAGGUCAGGGCCUCCUCCACCCAUAAACUUGACUUUUCUCACGCAGGUUCCCUCAAACCUUCCGCGACGGAGAUCUCACACAUGCAACAGCUCCACCAGAUCAGUGAAGGCCAUCAGUCCCCAAGUCAGCCGUUACAGGGACCCCCGAAUGCCAAAGGAAAUCAGCGUGUCGUCACCUUGGCUCAGCACAUCAAUGAAGUCAUCACUCAAGACUACACACGCCAUCAUCCCCAGCAACUCAAUCCCCAUAUCCAGCCUCCCGUCUACUCCUACUCGGGGGCUGCGGGUCCUGUGUUGGAUCUCCGACGAGCGCCUACCGAAUCUUACCUCCAGCACCAACCAAUGGAACAUGUUUCAUCUUCUAGAAUUUCCCCUGAAAAUGAACCAGACCAAAGGUCCCCCGAGCAGAUUAAAAUCCCAUCUUCGGACAACUGCAUCGAGCCGAUUUCUCCACCCGAGGGAAACGGAGAAGCCGAGCGUGUCCGAAACAGCGCCUACCCCAUUCUGUACCGUGAGGCUGAGCAGCUGGAGCUGAGGCUGCACCGAUCCCCUGGAAACAGCAUCCAACCGCCAGCGUUCUUCAGCAAACUGACAGAGAGCAAUUCCGCCAUGGUGAAAUCCAAGAAGCAGGAGAUCAUCAAAAAACUCAGCACGAGCAACCGGAAUGAAGCGGAAUACAAUGUUGGACAACCUGGAACAGAGAUUUUUUACAUGCCAGCAAUGACAGGAACAGGGUUAAUCAGUUGUAGGAGCCAGGCGGUCCAAGAAAAUCCCAGUUCCAACAUGGGGCUGGAGGCCAUUAUCAGAAAGGCUCUCAUGGGUAAAUAUGACCAUCGGUGGGACGAGCCCGCUCCUCUCAGUACCAAUGCUUUUAACCCUCUGAAUGCCAGCCCAAGCUUGCCCGCUGUUCUGCCUGUAACCUCUGCUGAAGGACAGAUUGACGAGAUUCAUUCUUCCACGCCAGGAGGGGGGAAACCAAAGGCUGCCGCCAGAGCGAACAGUCGGAAGGCCAGAUCUCCAGCACCCGGCCUGUCCUCCACCACCGAGAGGCCGCCAUCUGUUUCGUCCGUUCACUCCGACGGGGACUGUAACAGGAGGACACCUCUAACCAACCGGGUUUGGGAGGACAGGCCAUCAUCCACAGGUUCAACGCCAUUUCCAUACAACCCCUUGACGGUGAGACUUUCCACAGGAGUCGUGACCGGCCCGCCACCCCCCACGGCCACCGUUCUGCAGGGCAACGCCAGCACCCAGAACCAUGGCUGGGAAGAGGAGCCAAAACCGUUGCUGGUUUCACAGUAUGAGACCCUCUCGGACAGUGAAUGAGAAGAGAGAAGACGUGUGACGGGAAGACCAAUGGACAGAUGGACGUGGUGGCUAUGGAACGGGUCAGGGCUGGGGGAUUCUGGGAGUGUGUCUCCUUCAGAUCAGCUGCCGGAGCUGUUUUGGGGGUGGGUGGGGAGUCCUUUUGUUUAAUUUUUUAUGACAUCUGGAAAGAGGGUAUUUAAAAACAACAACCCACCACAACAAAAGAAAGUUAAAUAGAUUUGAAGCCUUAAAAACAACCAGGAAAUGGAGCCCACCACCCCAUCAGAUUUGGGAUGAGGCUGAUGGCCAAGAGGUAGGCGCUUUGAGAUGGCCAAGUCUACUCAACACUCAGGGGUGGGGUCACAUUUUCUGCGUCAACGUUCUCCUUUAGAAAGGAAAAGAAAGGAAAAGAGGGUGAAGGAAGAGUGUUGGCUUGGUUAAACUCUUGCUGAGGUUCACCUUCCAGUGAAGCCCCAAGUACCUUCUUGGGAUGGGCUGGUGACCUAAUACUUGAAUCACAUACCAUCCAACCCCCUUUCCCCGUAGCUCCUCAUCUUAGCUUAAUGAGGGACUGCCAUGGUGGAGCUGCGGGUGGUUGGUCAUCUAGAGACGAUGACCCAAGGCGAUCCAAUGAAUUACAGAUCUCAUUUCUAGUCAUUCAAAGCAGGGAGGGUAGGAGGGUCUUUCUCCUUGCUCUGUGCCCUUGUUAAGUGUGAACUUGGAACACGUUAGAAGCAGGUAGCUGGAACUUGGGGUGCAGAGAUGGAC